CCACCAUGAAAGAGUUCUUUUCUUGUACAGUGAGCGGGCGGCUGCUGUGCAGUACGCAACCACGGGCGACAGCAGCUUUCCUGGAACGUUAGGAAACCUGACAGUACUGUAAUGUUUCUGGGGUCCUGAGUUCUGAGGGGUGUGCUGCAGGAGCUUCAAGCUCUUGCGCCAUGGAGGCAGGGGCCACGCCCAUCAACCCAGGCCAGGAGCAGGGACUGCGACGCCUCUCCUUCGCCUACCAGGGCCUCUCAGAGAUCCCCUACGACAGCAUCCUGGAGCAGUGCGAGACACUGGAAGUGCUGGACCUCAGCUACAACACGCUGGAGGAGAGCCCAGCUCUCCUGGGGGAACUGGAGAAGCUCAGCACGCUCAUCCUGGACUCUAACAACUACAAUUCCCACGUCAAGUUCCCCUACAUGCCCAGCAUCACUACCGUUUGGAUCAACAAGAACAAGAUUAGCAACCUGCCCAUCUUCGUGGAGGAAAUCAGCAGGAAGUUCCCCAAUAUAAAGAUUCUAAGUAUGAUGAACAACGAGGCGGCUCCCAGCUACUUCAAUGGAGGGACUUUGACACAGUACAUUGAUUACAGGCAGUAUGUGAUCAGUCAGAUCCCCAGUCUGGAGGUACUGGAUGACACAGAGGUGCUGGAGCAAGAGCGCAUGCAAGCCAAGAAGACCUACAGGAUGCAGAGGAUAAAAGACAACUGCAAGAGGAAGAAAGAGCUUCACCGCUGAUCCCAUCACAACUGCCGGCUGUUUGGCUUUCCUCUGAACUCUGAAUUCUACUUUCAAGAUCUUUUCAUCUGAAACGGAAGACUGUGCAAUUUAAGAUUUAACAUAAAUAACCGUUGUUGCUUGGAUUUUUGGUUCCAGAAGGGGGCGGGUGACUUAAAAGAAAUCUGAGAUUCUGUUUCUUUUUUUUUUUACAAAAUCUAGAAGGAAGAUUUAUUUAUUUCGACCAGGAUUUAUUUUUGAGUGGCAAUGUUAGCAAUUUUGUUAAAUACCUGAAGUUAUUAUUAAUUGUCUUAUGUGAGAAGGAUGCACAUUUGAGUAUUUCGCCUUUUAUAAAUGAUUGCAUAUAUCUAAUCACAUUUUAGGAUGUAUACUCUUUUCAGAGUGAAAAAAAAUCUGGAAUGUAUGUCGUUCAGUUUGGGGACAAACAAUGCUUUUCCCUACAAUCACAA